AUGACAGAAAAUGUCAAUUCUGGUACCGAAUCUAGUAUUCAGCUCUGUCUCUUCCUCGCUGCACUAGACUUUACCAUUGCUACCACUACAAUCCCAACAAUUGUGUCUUCGUUCCACUCUGGACGAAGCUAUGUCUGGAUCGGCUCGGCGUACCAGCUCGCCAGCGCCGCGUCGACGCCCAUCUGGGGGAAGCUGUCGGAUAUAUGGGGACGUAAAUCCAUUUUACUCCUGGCCAUUCUUAUAUUUGCAGCUGGAUCGAUUAUCUGUGCGGCUGCGACAAUGAUGGGGAUGAUGCUAACAGGCCGAUCUAUUCAAGGUGCUGCGGCUGGUGGAAUAGUGAUUUUGGUGAAUAUCUGCAUCAGUGACUUGUUUACUGAGAGAGAAAGAGGAUUCUACCAUGGGCUGACUGGCGUCGUAUGGGGACUUGCUAGUGGCGUUGGCCGUCUGGCUGGGGGUGCCUUUUCCGAGCACGUUUCCUGGCGCUGGAACUGGUGGAUCAACCUUCCUUGUUGUGGAGUCUCGUUUGUUGUUCUGUUCUUCUGUCUCGACCGCGUUCGUGAGAGACAAGCGGGAAUCAGCAGCGGCUUGCGACAAAUCGACUGGCUUGGGACUCUGGCCAUCACGGGUUUGACUACCAUGCCGCUUCUAGGUCUAAAUAUCGGUGGUGUCUAUAGCACAUGGAGAUCCGCGAAGGUGAUCUGUCUUCUCGUGUUCGGAGGCUUCACACUGGCGGCUUUCGUGGUCUAUGAAGCGAAAAUUAUAUCCGAGCAGAAAGCAUUGAUACCGAUGCGCAUUCUACGACGUUUCUCCAACAAUGCGUCAUUGUUUGUCUGCUUCAUGCACGGAUUUGUCAAUGUUUCAUCCUGGUACUUUCUUCCACUAUACUUUCAAUCCAGCCGCUCCCUGACCCCUCUUCAAUCCGGCCUUCUACUUAUGCCAAUGACUGUCAUCCAGGCUGUGACAGGAUUCAUGGCCGGCUUCAUCAUCCGCCGCACCGGCCGGUAUCUCCCAUUGAUCUAUCUCGGUAUGGCCCUUACCACAUUAGCCUUCUCGCUGUUCACUCUUUUGUCCGACAAGUCGACAAUCCCCGCUAUUAUUGGCCUAGAGCUGCUCGGAGGGCUCGGCGUUGGGCUCGUCUUCCAACCUACCCUGAUCGCUCUCCAAUCGUUCGUUCACCAAGACGACGUUGCCACAGCUACGGCCUUUUUUGGUUUUAUCCGGAGCUUUUCUACAUCUGUGUCUAUUGUGAUCGGCGGGGUCGUAUUUCAGAACGAGAUGCAGUCACGUCAAGACAUGCUCCAAAGGCUUCUUCCUGGGAAGGUCGCCAAAGACUUUUCGGGUCAGAGUGCUGCCGCAAAUGUGGCUCUGAUCCAGUCGUUGAGCCAUAAAGAGGCGCAGAUAGUCAAGGCAGCGUAUUCGCAGAGUCUGAGCCGCAUGUGGAUCUUGUGUGCUUGCUUUGCUGCGGCUGGACUGCUCAUGAGUUUCGGCAUUCAGAAUCAAACGUUGCGAACUGAAUUGGUAGACGAAACGUCCGGCUCCACCGCCAGUCAAUCUCGAGCCAGCGAUAACAAAACAUAA